AUGGAGUGCAGUUUUGCUCUCAUCGGAAAAGGAUAUGUUCUAGUGGCGUCUGAUACCACAGCUGUGCGCUCAAUCGUGAAGAUGAAGUCUGAUGAGGAUAAGACCAAGAUACUAAGUCCUCACCUCGCAAUGAGUUACUCUGGCGAGCCAGGCGAUACGAUUCAGUUUGCCGAGUAUGUUGAACGAAACAUAAGAUUACAGCAUAUACGUCACCAUCACGAACUGCGCCCUCAGUCUGCCGCUUCAUGGGUCCGCCGCUCUCUUGCAGAUUCUAUUCGGUCAAGACAACCAUAUUCUGUCAAUGUCAUGCUAGGUGGUUAUGACCAAGCAACUUCCACUCCGCACCUGUACUGGAUCGACUACCUUGGAACACUGGCGAGCGUGCCCUAUGCUGCACAUGGAUAUGGGGCCUACUUCGCAUUAUCUCUACUUGAUCGUUAUCACGAUCCAUCUGCUUCACUGGAGGAAGGGUUACAAACACUGCGACGAUGCAUCGAUGAGGUUGCUAAGCGUCUCGUUGUUGGUACUGACAAAUACAUUGUCAAAGUCAUUGACAAGGACGGUGCCAGGACUGUCCAACUUCCCCCUUCCGUUCCAAUCGCUUGACAUUCUGUAUUGUGAUGAUCAAUUUCACUCCAGUGCUGAGCAAUAAUUACUUGAGUAUUCCUGUGGCUUUGUUGUCAUCUCGGUGUCUAAGGCAGGUGAUCAGCUCUCUUUAGCGUUUGCAAGUUGCAAGGUCAAUAUUAAUUCCGACUUUCCGGAGUGUGCUAUUGGAAUUACAUGCUGGUGUGCCUUCCCUGUUACU